CGUUGCCCGAUCUCUUAAUCCGUUUUGAUGCAAAAUGUCACUGAACGCCGCCCAAACACAACGGUGAUGCGUGUGACCUGAAACACACCUCGCGUCUCUUUCACGCUGUGUAUUUAUUUGUAUUGUUAUUAUUUGUGUGUAUCGUGUAACGCGGAGUGAGAUGGAUCCGUGCAGAAGGAGCGAGGGUGACUGGCAGAGUCUGAUCAAUGAGUUCGUUAUUUGCAAGCAGAAACUGGAGAGCAAGACAGAAGCUUUGUUGAUUCUGUCAAAGGAGCUUGAUACAUGCCAGCAGGAGCGAGAUCAGUACCAGCUGAUGGCCAAUCAGCUGCGUGAGCGGCACCAAGGGCUCAAGAAGAAGUACAGAGAGCUUAUUGACGGAGAUCUCUCUCUUCCUCCUGAGAAAAGAAAUCAAGUGAAUCUAGCCCAGCUAUUGAGAGACUCCAAAGAAAAAAAUCAUCAAUAUUCCGAGGAGGCGAAGGAGCUGAAACAACGACUGGUGGAGGCUCAGGGUGAUAACAAGCUGCUCAGAAUGACCAUCACCAAACAGAGGCUUGGAGACGAAGAGGUUGGGACUCGACACUUUCCUGCACAUGAGCGAGAGGAUCUGGUCCAACAGUUAGAAAGAGCCAGAGAACAGAAUGAAGUGCUGGAGCACAGUGUGAAGUCGCUCACAGAUGAGCUUCAGGAUGUUCGGGCAGAGCGAGAUGUGUUUCAGCAGAAGGCUCAUCGGCUUAAUGUGGAAAUGAACCACAUUGUGGGAAAUGAUGAGAUUCAGUUUCUGGACAUAGACGCACUCUGCAUGGAGAACAGGUAUUUGCAUGAACGCCUCACCCAGCUGCAGCAGGAGGUCAACCUGCUCAAAACAAAUCUGGUGAAGUACAAGAGUGCCCUGGAGUGCAGGAAGACCUCUACAAUCUGCGGCAAAGCCAACAGUAGUGCUCUCACUGGGGUUCUCUCUGCUAAACAAGUGAAGGAGUUGCUGCUCUCUGAAGAAAAUGGCUGCAGUUUGCCAGUGACUCCUCAGUCCAUCUCAGACCUGAAGUCUCUGGCCACUGCUCUGCUGGAAACAAUCCAUGAGAAGAACAUGGUGAUUCAGCACCAGCGGCAAAUCAACAAGAUUCUUGGAAAUCGAGUAGCAGAGCUGGAGAAGAAACUAAAAACACUAGAGAUGUCUGGAUUAUGGAGUCUGCCAGGCCUGACUUAUAAUGUGUCUCUGGGACUUAAUGGAGGGAAGGACACCAUCGUCCUGAACCUGCCGCAGACUGAGUCACCGGAUUCUCCUGGACAGGAAGCUGACAAAGGAGCUGAAAACGUACAUGCCGAGCAGCAGAGCUCCUCAGGUUCUCCUCAAAAUCAAAAGGUUGAAAAACUAGUUCCAUCAGAAUCUCAGCAAAUGGCACCAGCGUCAUCCAAUUUGGAGAAUUCCCCACAGAAUCCUGCACACGAGUCGGUUGACGACGGGCCAACAAGCUCUCAAGCAGAGAAGCUACACAUCACAAACAUCGCAGAAGAUCUAACUGCUUUGACAAAAGAAGAGGACAAUCUAAGUGAUUCCCCUCCCACUGUGACAGAGGUGAACAUGCAGCUUCAGCCAGACGUUCACCACUUCACAUUAGACAACUCGCUCCCUACAGAAGGAAGAGGGGACGAGUCACAACAAUGCCAGGGAGAGGGUGAAACUGUGGAGACAGAUUUUAUUAUUACAGAGGAAAUCACACGUGCUGAUUCGUCCACUGCUGUUUCUACUGAAGCUCAAGAUCAGCAAGACGACGUCCAAGCAAACCAGCAGAUGAAUGUUUGCGUUAGUGAGGAAAUCUGAUGCUUUCCAGGAGCCAUCCUCAUGUGGCGGAGCAUCAGGAGAAAAUUAAACAAGACGUAAUAAUUACAAGAGAUGCAUUUAUAGUAUAACAACACAAAAUAAUCUGGGAAGUGACAAUUAAUUUGUAGGUGCUAAGAUUAAGACACUGUUGUUGUGUUUUAGUGUCCACUGCAUGAACUCUGAUGAUAGAUUACUCUGUUUAACACUGUAAAUCCAAGAAAUGUGUAAAGAAAAUGUGUCCAUCACAUGAAAAAACAGUAACAGUGACACUAUAACAAAGUAUUUUGUUGUAUUACACGUAUGUCAAGGUAACCUUAUAAUGACUCACACCUGAAACAAAUCCCACUGUAAUGGAUUAUUAUUCUGACCUCCACCAAGGAGGUGACAUUUGAGAUCAUAUCUGACUAAGGGGUGGAUACAGGAUUUAUUUUCUACCAUUACCAUUGUGGCAUUUUAAGUGUUAAUGGACAUAUGUACACCAAUAUUGUGUUAUGCCCAUGUUUGUACUACAAAGCUGACAGUACAGUAUUUGAAGAUCAGGUGUGAUUGUGGAACAUGUCAUUCUAAUCUUCUGGGACAUUAAUGUGCUGCUGUGACUCUUCUGGGAUUUCUCCCAAGAGCCAUUCAGCCUGAGGAUUAGUGACUUUGGACUAGGUUUGUGUCUCAGUUUAACCCAAAGGUUACUGGACUGAGGUCAGAUCUCUGAAAGCCAAAGCAAAACAAAAAGAAUAGUUUUUCUUGUUUACUGAUGUUGCCACAGAGGUGGGAGCUGAGUAUAUCAGAAGUGAAGAGAGUUGUGUCCAUGACAAAUGGCAAACAAGGACUAUGGUGUGUCUGAUGAAGCAAUGCUUGUAACAGAGUGAGAAUUUUCCAGCAUUUCAUCAUAAAAUAUCAUUUUCUUAAGAGGCUAAACUGUCAGUGUUUGCAAAAUGACUGCUUAAUUUCCCAGUUGGAUGCUGAUUCAUGAUUGUUUUCCACUUGGAUCUUGUCUUUAAAACUAAAGAGGGAAAAGAAACUGCUGCUACUGAAAUGAGAGUUGUUUGGAAAUGAACCACCUUAACAAACACACAUCAAACUGUUGUUAACAACCAGCAAUUUUAUUUGGUUUCUUUCAACAUAUAAUCAACACAAUAAAACACAUUUCCAGUUGAAUAAUUCAUUUGUUGUUGGUAGAUUAUAACAUAUAGUAUAUAUUUUUAUCACUGAAGCACAAUAACAUCUUAUAUAAAGUGAUGCAUGACAUAAUAUUAUAAUGAUAAAAGUAGACCACAUUUGCUGCUUUGCCGGUUUCUCUCGACGACAAAUAUUUGCUUUAGGUCAACCCUGCACAAAUAGAUUUUAGUUAAGAAAAUAUUAACAGGACAUUUGUCUUUUACACCCAGGUAACGGAAAAAUACAUCUAAGUUACAUAGAGCCAUAUGUAUAUAUUCUACAAAUGUUUAGUGUGAAUAAUGUGGAUUUAUUUCUGUAAAAUAAAUCAUUUACAACUGUAA